AGACUCUGCAUUCUCACUUCUUCUCUGGACUUGGCCCUGGGCUGGCUGAACCUGGCCCCCUGGGAGUCAUCAGGGUCAUGGGGACCCUGUUUAUGCUCUGGAUGACUAUGGCCAUAGGCUGUGCCACCUUCAGCACCUCUGCCUGGUAAAUCCUUCCUCUGCCUCCCACUCCCGCCCUGCAAGAAUGCCCCCAUUAUCUCAUCCUCAUCCACCAAUGCCUCACUUUUUCUUUUUGGUAGGUCAGUGAACAAUUUCCUAUUAACAGGUCCCAAGGCCUAUCUAACCUACACAACCAGUGUGGCCCUGGGUGCCCAGAGUGGCAUCGAGGAGUGUAAGUUCCAGUUUGCUUGGGAACGUUGGAACUGCCCUGAAAAUGCUCUCCAGCUUUCCACUCACAAAAGGAUGAGAAGUGCUACCAGGGAGACAUCGUUCAUUCAUGCUAUCAGCUCUGCUGGCGUUAUGUAUACCAUUACCAAGAACUGUAGCAUGGGCGACUUUGAAAGCUGCGGCUGUGAUGAAUCAAAAAAUGGAAAAACAGGAGGUCAUGGCUGGAUCUGGGGAGGCUGCAGCGACAAUGUAGAAUUUGGGGAGAGGAUCUCCAAACUCUUUGUGGACAGCCUGGAGAAGGGAAAAGAUGCCAGAGCCCUGAUGAAUCUUCACAACAACAGGGCAGGCAGGCUGGCAGUACGAGCCACCAUGAAAAGGACCUGCAAAUGUCAUGGCAUCUCGGGGAGCUGCAGUAUCCAGACAUGUUGGUUGCAGCUGGCUGACUUCCGAGAGAUGGGAGACUACCUAAAGGCCAAGUAUGAUCGGGCGCUAAAAAUUGAGAUGGAUAAGCGGCGGUUAAGGACCGGCAACAGGGCCAAAGGUCGAUGGGCACCCACUGAGGCCUUCCUUCCUAGUGCAGAGGCAGAGCUGAUCUUUUUAGAGGAAUCUCCAGAUUACUGUACCCGAAAUUCCAGCCUGGGCAUCUAUGGCACAGAUGGUCGGGAGUGUCAGCAGAACAGCCGUAACGCAUCCAGGUGGGAGCGACGUAGCUGCGGGCGCCUGUGCACAGAGUGUGGCCUGCAGGUGAAAGAAAGGAGAACUGAAACAAUCAGCAGCUGCAACUGCAAAUUCCAGUGGUGCUGCACUGUCAAGUGUGACCAGUGUAGGCAUGUGACCAUGUCCAAUCAUGUUCAGACCAUGCUGCUGAGAAUCAGAGAGGAUGAAAGAAAAAAAUUUCUGUCCAGAUUUCUGAAGAUACAGCCAUCCCCCACCCUAUGUAGCUCCAGAAAGACCAACUUCAACUUCACACAGUAAGUGGGGUAGAGACCACAUGCCUGCCUACUGGGAGGUUUUUAGAUGAUUGGUUGUCUUUUGUUGUUUUGCCUCUGGAGUUAUCACUGGGGCUCAGUGCCUGUACUACUUACUAUUCCAUUGCUCCUGUGGCCAUUUUUAUUUUAUUUUUACAGGACAGAGAGAAAUUUAGAGGGAGAAAGAAAAAUACCUGCAGACCUGCUUCACCACUUGUGAAGUGACUGCCCCUGCAGGUGGGGAGCCAUGGGCUCGAACAGGGAUCCUUGUGUGGGUCCUUAAGCACUGUACUAUGUGCACUUAGCCCAGUGUUCCACUGCCUGGUCCCAAUUAUUGGGUUUUUCACCUGAGUGUGCACUUUUGAAAAGUUUUCUCCAACCCUAGGGAAAAUAGAACCCAACAGAAAGAACAUGAGAACUUUUCUGGCUCAUAUAACAUCUCUAGAGAUAUGGAUAGGAAUGGUCACAAUAAGUAAAUGAUUACAACUUAUCCAGACAAGGCUAAUGGAGAAAGAUCCCUGCUCCCCAACCCCCACCAAAAAAAAAAAAAAAAAAAAAGACUGUCUUAAUGUUUUCCCCAGACUGAGAAUUCUGCAUUCUGCAGUGACCUCUUGUUUCUCUCUUUGAAAACCUUAGAUCAGAGUAAGGAUGGGAAGCCCUGAUUAUGUAAGCUGAAAAUAGGCAACUACCUUGACAUCAGUAUUUGGCAGAUAAUAAACCAGAAGCCCAGGAAAUGGCCAACAGAAAAGCAACUCAGACCCCUAAAAUUUAUAAGUUGUUCGCAACCUCAUCCCCCACCCCCAGAACCUAAGUAAUUUGGGAAACAAGAAGCUUUUUGAGCUUGAACCAUAUUCAGACUCUCCUAACUUGGGUUUCCUGGGGGAUCUGUACACCAAAGGACUUAUUCCUCAAAGUA